CCGGAACCGAGCCAGGAGAUACCCGGGAGAGGACAGGUCCUCUCCCCAUCUGGUUCCACCUGGGCUCUCCUCCACCUCUCCAGGUGUGAAGACUCUUACUUAGACCACUGCCACCAUGACAGGCCUCCCAACCCCACCUCCCCCAAAAGCAGAAGAACUGAUGUCCACUCCACUACUACAAGCCACUGAAACCCUGACUCCUACAGCUGUUGCCAACACUGCAGUCAUUGCAGUUGUUAUCACCGUGGUCUUCAUCACCCUGCUGUCAGUCCUGAUUGUCAUCAUCAUUUACCUGUACAAGAACAAAGGCAGCUACAUUACCUACGAGCCCCCAGAAGGAGAAGCCAGCGCAACUCUGCAAAUGGACAGUGACUCAGUCCAAGGGAAGAAGGAGGAAUAUUUCAUCUGAUGACUCCCACGCUCCCAAAGAACACCUCUGGCCUCUAAGUGCAAGACUGAGUGCUUAAUUUAUCAGUUGAAAGAUGCAUCUGAAGCCAGAGAGAGGUAGUGAUAAUGGGCAAGUCUGUGCUCUCUCCAGGUCAGGAUCCAGGGACACUCCCAACCAGAGUGCCAGCAGCAGAGACCCAGGGGACAAAGGGAAAUAGAGAAAGCAGAUUCUGGUGUCUUUAGCUAGGCCUCUGUCAUGGAUCUUAACGUCAUAGGCCAAAUGGCCUUUAUAACUAGACAGGGUAGGACUAACCAUUUUAUCCAGUAA